AUGGGUGACACUUCUACAACUACGAGCUGGUCCGCCACAGACGAUAGCGCCAUCCCUCCACACAUCAAGGCCUACGGCAUCCUCAUCAUCUGCGCCCUAGACUUCCUCGCCGCCAACGACAUCGCCUCUUCUCAGCGCGUGGCUCGUCUGCUCCUACACAGCCCCGACGUCUGCGACGAACACAAAUCGGUCUGCCACGGCAUCCUCGCCUANCACAUCCGAGAAGGUCGUAACGGCUGUCACACAGCUCAAGCAAUCGAGAUGCGCUCCUACAAGCGAGAGGAUGUGAAACUGAUCAUUAUCCCCCACGCNACUCCUCGCACUUCUGGCAACAACAUUCGUGCUCCUCUACCCCCUAUCCUCAAGAAACCCACCACCAACCCACCCUCCCCCAACAUCAUUCGCACCCCUCCCACCCCCAUCACAAAAGACGCACACUGGGUUCCCCGCGCCCGCGCCCCCAGCACACCCAUCAGAAAAGACGACGCCUGGAUCACUACGCCCCCAAAGACUUCUACUGGCACUCAAGGCACACCCAUCACUUCUUCNCGGCAAAAGAAGAAGGUUAGAUUUGUUGAGUCUGUCGAUCCUCUGGAUCCAUUGAAGCAAAAUAUGAAGAAGCCGAAGGUGGGAAAGCUGUUUCCGGAGUUGAUGGCUAGAUUCGAGAUGCAGUGA